AUGGUACCGGCCGUUUCCGUGCUGGAUUGUUUGACCUGGGAUUGUGCACCAUCAAUUAUUUGGUCAAAACGAAUACUUGAACAAGUAUUAAAACUAAGUCGAACAGGAAUAUUCACAAUAUAUGCAGCUAAUGUAAACUUGUUCAUUCGUCUGUUGAAUGAGUAUAUACCAAUACUUGUAACAAAUGGUGAAGAUACAGUUAAAAUAUAUGUGCCUCAACCUAUUCAACGGAUUCAAAACACAGAAAAAGUCGCAUUUGUUAAAAACGUCGACAUCGAAAUUCCUCAAAGUGGAAUAAUUAAAGCAUUAAAGAACAUUGGCCUUCAUGCUAUUGAUCUUCUUUGA